AAAAAAAAAAAAGAAAAAAAAAAAACAAAGCUGGAAUCGAAAGCCAUAUGGUCUAUGCGACUAUUACUAAAAAGCUCCCGUCGGUGAUAGCUACCUCGCCGGAGCCGAGAGGGCAAACUUUCUUAACCUUCACACCCUCUCUCUCUGUUCUCGCGUUCUGUCUUCGAGAAAGCGAGAUCGAGAGGUUCGUUCUCUCUCUCUCUCUCUCUCCUUCCGAAACCUAAAAGUUCAAAUCUCCCUUUUUCACUAUUUAGAUCUUUAUCCCUCUCUCCAAUUUUCUACGAUUUUCUGACUUUAUCAGAUAAUCAAGCUUCUUCCUUUCUGAUUCGUAGUGUUUUAUUGUUCUUUUUUAUCAGAAAUCGAGGUUUUAUUAUCAUUAUGUUGGGGGGAGGGGUCUGAGGAACUUUAUGCGAUCAAAGUUGUGGAAUUAGGGAGAGGAAAGGGAAGGACAUGUAUCGAGGCGGAGUCGGAUCUAAGACGGAGAUCGGUCCUAUCGAUCGUAAGCGGAUCAAUGAUGCGUUGGAUAAGGUUCUGGAGAAAUCGUCUCCUUCGACGUCAAAGGGAUUGAAUGGUAAGGACAGGGAUAGGUUGUCUGUUCCGUCUACCUCAGCUGGUAAACCGCCGCCUGAUCAUAGAGAUACUCGUUCUUCGUCUCUCGCUAAGAACAAGUUGUCCGACGAAGAAUCUGAAACAGACAGUGAAGAGUCUGAUGUCAGUGGUUCUGAUGGCGAUGACACAUCUUGGAUCUCAUGGUUUUGCAAUCUGCGUGGAAAUGAAUUCUUUUGUGAAGUUGAUGAUGAGUACAUCCAAGAUGAUUUUAACCUUUGUGGGUUAAGCAGUCAAGUUCCUUACUACGAUUAUGCACUUGAUCUGAUUUUGGAUGUUGAAUCUUCUCAUGGUAAGCAUUUUUUUUUUGGGGGGAGAACGCUUUUGCAGGAUACUUCCGUGUUUGAUGACGGUGUGUAA